AUGUUUGGCGAUUCAGUUGACCUGUCUGCAGCGAUAACCGAGUACGGACGUGGUGAAACGAGGAAAAUGGACUUCAUUUUAAACAAAAUAACAAUGUCUACGGAUUAUAAUGCCUCUGCCAAAGAGUUUUUUGUGGGUUGUUCCAAUUUCAAUGGCCAAUUUCCAGAGAACCUUGCGUACAGUUUGUUCGACCUUUUUCUGAUAUCCAAGCCCUGGCAUUCAUUUGUAUCUGACAUUGCUGAAAAUUGCCUUCUGCUACUAGUAAAUAUUGCUACUCAGUACGAACAGCUUGCCCAGCAACUUUUGUCCAACUUUUGCGCUACCCUUUUUUCUUCUUCCCUUUACUCAUCUUCCAGCGCCGAUGCAGAUACCUCCGAAAUCGUAUUCAAGGCGUUGCGUGAGUUUCUUAACUCCUUACCUCACUUCGAAAGCCAAUUCAUUGGAUGUUUAGAACGAACACUUCCUAGUUGGGGCCGCCCCACACCCCAGCUUUUCACAGCUUUGGCAAAUGCUCUAAGAUUGUGCUAUGAAACCCCACAGCUCCUUUCGCCUUCUUCAAUACAGCAGCUUCUGUGUUUUUGUUUCACACUCCUAAUUGAUAUUGAAGUCAAUAUCGAACCGACGAUCACUUCUUCCGCAGAAUGUCCCCUCUCUAAACUGAGCUUGCCAUUUGAUGUCGACCACUUUACUAAAAACAAACAGCUGAUUUUUGAAACUCUGUCAGACAAAUCUCCCCCAGCGACUCCUCUCUUUUGGCUUUCGGUUAUGAGUCUUUCACUCAUUUUCCCAGGUGGAAACAGUGAAUUAGUUGAUCAAUCCGCGAAAAAACGCAGAUGGGCCUUUAUGUGCGCUGUUUUCAGGGAUAUGCGCACACGCUUCUUUCACCGUGUUCUUCCUGUGCAAUCAGCUUUUGCGGCCUACCCAUUGCUUUUAAUAUAUAUGUGUAGUCUUCGACCGGGCUUAGUGGUCAAUUUUUUAGAAAGUUUAUGGAAAUUUGUAAAGGAUACACGACAACCUAAUGAGGUGCGUGUUCGGUGUCUGAAUUACCUGGCAGACUACUUAGCACGGUCUAACCACGUUUCAAAUGAAAUUAUUGUUGAGCAACUUCACGACAUGGCUGCCUGGUGUGUUGAGUACACAUACUUCCGUAGAAACCGUCUCUCCUCCCAAUUUAAGAAAAUGUUUGCGGAGCACACGCUAUUUUACAUCAUCUUUGAAUCUAUUGUUUUUGUCCUCACCUACCGGCAAAUAGAAAUUAUCGGAACCCCAAAGUACAGACAUUCCUGUACUUUUCUACCUCUUGGGCAACUAAUAAAUUGCCCAUUUAAGCCUCUUGACAGGUUGACUUCAGGACUAAGGUCACAUUUCCUGGCUGUUUCCUUUGCUUACAAGAUGAACUGGACCUCAAGCUUGGUGCCUGAAAUCCCCUCUGAGUUGGACCCCUGCCCGAUGCCUUCAUUUACAUGCCCUUUCUCGGAGGCGGCUGCUACUUUUCCCAUUACAAGUCAUCUCAGUCUUUUGCGGGAUUUUGUACAAUCGAAACGAACAAGAAAACGACCCCUUGAAAACGACGCAGCGUCGAGCUCAAAUGGGGCACUCGAAUACCCAUCUGUGACAAAUAAGAGGAUAAAUUCAAGGACCUUCAAACCUAGGCAUUUCAAUUUCAAUGCCCUGGCUGAUAUCACAUAA